AUGGAGUGGCUGGGCAACGGGGCCUCGCUUCACUCAAAGGAAGAACCUGACAGUGAUCCAACUUCGACUGGCAGGGGUUUUAUUGGUCUAUAUCCUCACAAACAGCCCCCAUCAUCAUGCCACUGUGACUGUGCUGUGGCGUCCCUGUGUCAGACCCAGCAGCAGUCUCUGAAAGCCUCCAUCGUGUCCAGCUGGAGGCUGGCCGAGGCGCAGGACCAGCUGUGCUCUUUGGGGGUCCACAGCUCUGAGUCCAUGGAGCAGGAGCGCGCUCGCACUCGGGCCUGCCCCACAGAGCUCACACACACCGAGGAGGAGUGGCGUCGCAAGGAGAGCCUGCUGGCAGGCCUGGAGCCCAGCCGCAGUCCUGCCCCGGGUGCCACUAGCAGCUGGGAUGUUUUCGACAAAAGUAUUAUCAAUGCCCAGAGCUGCCCUGCAGAAAUGGACCAGGACAAAUGUAGUACAGUUCUCCAGAAGUAUGAACAAGAGCUUAGGCAUUUUGGUAUGUUGCGAAGAUGGGACGACAGUCAGCGGUUCCUUUCAGACAUGCCUCAACUCAUCUGUGAGGAAGCAGCCAACUUCUUAAUUCUCUGGUGCAUUAGACUACAACAAGAAGGGAAAGAGGCACUGAUGGAGCAGGUGGCGCACCAAGCUGUGGUCAUGCAGUUUAUUUUGGAGAUGGCUUCAAACUCCCAGCAGGACCCUCGAGGCUGCUUCAGACAGUUCUUCCAAAAAGCCAAAGAGGGACAAGACGUCUAUUUAGAAGUCUUCCACACAGAAGUUGAGGCCUUCAAACAGCGGGUUAAAGAGUACACAAUCACGAGUAGAAGCGACAUGUCCAACAUUGAGCAGCAGAACACCGAUGUGAACAAUAGAGCCAACUCCAAAGAAGCAACGGAUUUAUUACCACAACAGGUGGCUGAGCAUAACAUGAAGCAUUGUUUAGAGACCGGGCUUCGGACGAGCACAGGGAGGUGGACAAAGGAUGAUGCCUCAGAGACGGAAGACAUACUGAUGAUGGAGACCUCAUAA